GGAAGCGGAGCGCUGAUGCUGAAGCUCAGAGGACACAGUGGGACACGAGCAUCACCGGGAACCGACUGAAGAAUCGUGCCAAAUAUUCGGGCUUCGGUAGCAUGCGUCAGGACGGAUCAAUGCAGAUGGUGGCGGCACAGAAGGAAGGUUCUGACCAGAACUUUGAUUACAUGUUUAAACUGCUGAUCAUCGGAAACAGCAGUGUAGGAAAGACAUCGUUUCUCUUCCGAUACGCUGACGACUCCUUCACGUCAGCGUUUGUGAGUACAGUGGGCAUCGAUUUUAAAGUCAAAACUGUCUACAAGAAUGACAAGAGAAUCAAGCUGCAGAUCUGGGAUACCGCUGGGCAGGAGCGAUACAGAACCAUCACCACGGCAUACUAUCGAGGAGCCAUGGGCUUCAUCCUCAUGUAUGACAUCACUAACGAGGACUCAUUCAGAGCCGUCCAGGACUGGUCAACCCAGAUAAAGACAUACUCCUGGGACAACGCACAGGUCAUCCUGGCAGGAAAUAAAUGUGACAUGGAGGAGGAGAGAGUUGUGUCCAUGGAUAGCGGCAGACUGCUGGCGGAACAGUUGGGUUUUGAGUUUUUCGAAACGAGUGCCAAGGACAACAUCAACGUGGCGCAGACCUUUGAGCGUCUGGUGGACAUAAUCUGCGACAAGAUGUCAGAGAACUUAGAGACUGACCCCGCUGUUACCACAGGAACCCAGGGCACAGCGAGGUUAACAGAUAACCCUCCACCACUACAGCAACCUAACUGUGCCUGUUAGUGUUCACUUUACAACAUGGUAGUAUCAGUGUGUGUGUGUGUAUGUUGUAACUCCUUUACAUAGAAGCAUAUAUCCUUUAAUGUCAUAGAAUGCAGAUGCUGGAACAACUUGAAUCUGAUUGGUGCAUGUCAUGAGUCAUGUGACCCUCUACUGUCCAAGACCUACCCAUUGGGAACAGAGUUGUCUAGGAACUGCUGCCUUUAAAUCACAUCAGAAUGAUCGUAUUUACGAGCACACAUGAACACCACCACAAUGUCGAAAACACAAACAGUCCAGACUUAAUUUUUUCGAAGGUGCUUAAAGAGUUUCCUAUUUUUGUUUGGAUGUGAAGAAGAGACAAAAAUAGUAAUAAUAAUAAUAAUAAUUUGUAAUUAAUAUGAUGCACACCAUGCUUCACGGUUGGGAUGGUGUUCUUUGGCUUGCAAGCCUCACCCUUUUUCCUCCAAACAUAAUGAUGGUCAUUAUGGCCAAACAGUUAAAUUUUUGUUUCAUUAGACCAGAGGACAUUUCUCCAAAAAGUAAGAUUAACUAACCCUAACCCUAACCCUAAACUGUAGUCUGGCUUUUUUAUGGCAGUUUUGGAGCAGUGGCUUCUUUCUUGCUGAGCAGCCUUUCAGGUUAUGUCGAUAUAGGACUCGCUUUACUGUGGAUAUAGAUACUUGUUUACCUGUUUCUUCCAGCAUCUUCACAAGGACCUUUGCUAUUGUUCUGGGAUUGAUUUGCACUUUUUUCACCAAACUACAUUCAUCUCUAGGAGACAGAAUGCGUCUCCUUCCUGAGCGGUCUGAUGGCUGCGUGGUCCCAUGGUGUUUAUACUUGCGUACUGUUGUUUACAGAUGAAUGUGGUACCUUCAGGCAUUUGGAAAUUGCUUGGAUGAACCAGGCUUGUCGAGGUCCAUAAUUUUUUUUCUGAGGUCUUGGCUGAUUUCUUUUGAUUUUCCCAUGAUGUCAAGCAAAGAGGCACUGAGUUUGAAGAUAGGCCUUAAAAUACAUCCACAGGUACACCUCCAGUUCAGUACACCUCCUAUCAGAAGCACAUUGGCUAAUUGUCUAAAGGCUUUACAUCAUUUUCUGGAAUUUUCCAAGCUGCUUAAAGGUACUGUUAACUUACUGUAUGUUAACUUCUGACCAACUGGAAUUAUGAUAUAGUCAAUUAAAAGUGAAACAGUCUGUCUGUAAACAAUUGUUGGAAAAAUUACUCGUGUCAUGCACAAAGUAGAUGUCCUAAACGACUUCCCAAAACUAUAGUUUGCUAAUAAUAAAUCUGUGGAGUGGUUAAAAAAGUUGUUUUAAUGACUUCAACAUAAGUGUAUAUAAACUUCUGACUUCAACUGUACACUUAUACUAUAAUACUAUAAAAAAUAAAAAAAUAAAAAUUUUCCUCCCAAAGUCACAAUAAUUGGUGCUGUUUUUGCCCGAAAAUUCUCCAGGAGGGGCAAGUCCCCGGGCCAGCUUAGAAAAUAAGGGGGCACUGUGGGGCCUGUGUCCCACUGAUGAUACAAGUCUACAAACACCCCUACAAUCCACCUUAAAUAAUCAUGAAAAUGCUUCUAGAUAAAGGUAACACAAGACUGGAAAAUGUCAUAAUGUUAAACAUAUUUGUAGCCAUAAAAUACUAAAACUAAAAUAAAAAUGACCUAAACUAAAACUAGGAAACACUGAGAAACCUAAACCUAAACUAAACUAACAGAAGCUAAAAUAAAAACCAAAACUAUAAUAACCCUGCUUCCCAGGAUUUGAAGGUAUCAUGUUGACGUUAUUUAUAUGGAUGUGAAAUGAGGAUGGUAAAACAGCUUCAAAAAUGGUAGUAGUUUUGCACUGAAUAUGUGACCUGUGGCGACAGCAUUUGCACCGUUGGCCUCUUUUGUUCCAGCACCUUUGCAAUAGACUCGUUCAUCUAUAUGGUGCCAUAGUUCAUCGUCUCACACCGUUUUAUUUACUGUCAAAAUCUUGACAGCCUUUGGAUAUUGUUAUAUAUGCAAGGUUUUAUUUUUAAUAUCCUUACUACCUGAUUUAUGUAACUGAAACAGUAUCCUGUCUCUGUGACAGCCCUAAACUCUGGAAACAGCCCCCAAAAAAGAAAGUUUACGCUCUUAAAGCCAAUCAGAAAACGCUGUCUGCCUGUCAGUGAUUUUGCACUUUUGGGUUUGCUGAGAUUGGGUCGCAUUCUUUGAAUCUCAUGGAAAGUAUCUGCGCCAGUCAAGCACAAGUUUUGUUUUGCAUGUGUGAAUUUUUUUGGUAAUCCCAAAGAGACAAAAGCUUCAUUAAAAGUAAAACUGUCAUGUUUUUUUCUGCUGAGUCGCUAUCUAGUAAUACAGCAGGAAACAGCUGCCACUAGUGCUCGUGGUGGUACUCGCGUUGAUGAUGCAAACGUAGUGCGGUUCGGACCCAAAUAAUAAAAUGUAAAGAGACCUGUGGGGGCAGGGGAAGAACUCAGCAUUGAACAAAGUGUGAAAACAGCCUGAAAAGGGGCUGUUCACACAGUUCCUGAUUUUGUGUGAAACAAAAGCUAGAUGCAGCGCAACGAAUGGAACAGAAUGCAGGUGUCUUGAGACGUGUUUUUAAAAGAAGUGAUGUGACGUUUGUCUCUGAAGCUUGUAAAACGUUACUGCUCAGCCCACAAGCAUAUUAUUUCCCAAUCUACAUGUUAAUAUAUAUAUAGAGAGAGAGAUAUAUAUCAGUGUGUGCUCUUCAUUUUUCCCCACCAGAUGGCUGGAAAAUGAACCGUGUACAGGAGCUUUGAACCCAUUUUCAAGACAAUUGUAUUUAAAAAUGCGGCACGUGGUGCAUCGGUCAAAGACAUCUGUCUGGCGCAUGUUUACAUAGAAAAACAACUAUUAAACAGCGCAGAUGCAAAAACGCAUCCUGUGUGAACGGCCCCGUAGUCUACCACAAGUUAGCAAAACAGUAAAAUCGUUUGCAGCACUUUUAAGACUUUCUCCACAUGCAUGUUUCAGCUUUUUAUGAACUAAUGAUUUUGAAUGCAUCAGCUGUUUAGAGCACGAUCUUUGUUUAACCAGCGUUAUCAUCACAACAGGAGGCCGAUUCAUUGGCAAUUUCAGCCGUUUCAGCCAUUUUUGUUGGUCAGGAAUAAAUACCAUAUUAACAUCUGCAUUGAGUGUUUUGUACGAUUUUAUCCCCUUCUUGCAGCGCCAGUGAUAUCAGCUGAAAAGCUGUAGUGUGGACUAGUGUGUGUGUACUGUAGAUUAUAUUAAGAUGAUGUUACUUAUAUACAUACAGUGAUAUAUCAAAUGUACAUAUUUGUAUAUACCUUAGAACUAUGAAUAUAACACUGUUGUGAAUUCAAGUAGCUGUUAAAUACAGGGAAAAAUAACAGUAAAUGUUUCUACACAUGGUAACAUUGUACAAUAAUGCUGUAUACUUUAACAUUAGUUAACGCAAUACUAAAAAGGAACUAACAGCAUUUAGUAAUCUUGGUUAAUGUUAAUUUCUACAUACUGUUACAUUAUAACAUUGAAAGUUCAUGCAUUAUGAACUAACAAUAAAGUUAUAAAUGAACAUUAAGUUGAAUGAAUGCUGUUAAAAUCACGUAUUUCUUAAUACCAAAUGCAUUAACUAAUGUUAAUGUACACAAUGUAUUUGUAAAGUGUUACGCUGCACAUUGAUUUAAUCUUUGUAAAUACAUUCACACUGACUUAAGUGAGAUUUAUUUAUCUAUUUAUUGCAAGCAAACAGACUUUACAGUGUGAAAAAGAAGGUUUCAUGAACUGUGUAUGUCUGAGAAAAGUUUUUUCGAGUUGAAGUGAGUUUUAUUUUCUGUUUAUUGCUGUUGGUUCUGUAUCUCUGCUGGCUGAAAAGCUACUUUGUGGAAGUGUUGCUCUCAGCAUUUUCUGUCCCUGAUCUGGUUUUACACUUGGAGAGGAUUUGGUGAUUUUUAAAUGUUUUAAGGAAACCGCUUCACUGUUGCCAGAGUUGGGUCAGAGCUCGACAGAGCUUGACUUGUAAAAUGAUGCAGUAAUAGCCAAGGAAAUGUAUCGGGCAGCUAUUUUCAGAAGAAGUGAGUCAGUCAUAAAUAUUUCAUGCAGCAAACAUUAUAUGACUUCAGCCAUGAACGACAAGAUAUCUUUUCAUUUGAGUCACAACUACAGCAAAUCUAUUGCCAAGCAAGAGAAGUUCUAGGGUGAAUCUCACAAAAUGUGUCAUUUUUCACCUCAAAAUCAAUGAAAAAAUUUAUAUUUUAUCUAAAGAAAAUGAAGCCUUUUUAGUUGUAUUGCUACAUUAUUUUUAUAAUAAAUAAUCAUAUUUCCCACCAAAAUUCUCUUUGCCGUAAUGCAAUUUUUUUAAAAUAACAAAUAAAUACAAUUUUUACACAUUUACAAUAAAUAAAUCAUUGUAUUUCAGUAUUUUUCACUAUUACAUUAAAACUAUUACAGUAAUGAGAAUCACCAUUGAGAAUUAUGGAAGAUGAUUAGGGCCAAGUAAAAAUUAAAAAAAUGAAAACAUCUAGAGAUUAAAGUCAUUAUAAUGCAAGAUUUAACUCAUAAAAUGUUGAGAAUAAACUCAUUAUACUUUGAGAAUAAAGUCAUUGUGUUUUGAGAAAAAACUAGUUAAAUUUCAAGAAAAAAAGUCGAAAUAAAAUGUUGAGAAUAAACUCAUUAAACUCAAAUAAUAAUAAACAAUAAAAUUGGGCUAGCAUUAAAGGCUACACUAUAACAAUCAUUAAACAGCUCAUAUAUGAUGUAUGUGUAUACGAGGAAAGCACCUUAAAUUGCCCAGUAAUAUAUUGGAGCUAAACAUGUCUGUAAAGGGUCCAUUCCUUAAUAAUCAACAAGGUAUGCACGCAUUGUCAAAAUUCACUCCUCGCUCAGAAAGGGUGCAGAGUGUAUGAGUUUCGAUCAAUGGCUGAAACAAAUGAAGUUAUAUUAAAUGUUUGUGAAUGUAUGUAAAUAUUUCUUGAAAUUUAAUGAGACACAUAUGCCUUUCAUUUCGAAAUGCAACAACUUUAUUCUCAAAGUAUAAUGAGUUUAUUCUCAACAUUUUAUUUAAUAUUUUUUCUCGAAAUAUUGGGAGCUUAAUCUUGCAUUUUAAUGACUUUAACCUCAAGAUGUUUUAAUUGUAUUAUUUUUACUUGGCCCUAAUCCUCUUCCGUAGAGAAUAAUGGAAAUGACAAAAAAUGUUUUUUUUUUUAAAACUCAAAAAGAAAAACUUGACAUUACAGUAAUGAGAAUCUGGGGGAAAAUGUGCUUCAUGAAAAUAAUAUAACAAUGCAAAAAAUCAUGUUGGCCCUAAAAAUUUAAUAUUUAAUAUAAAAAGAAAAAGUAUAUUUUAGGACCAUUAAAAUUUUUGUUCAUUGCUACAUUAUUUUUGACAAUUAAGCAGUUUUUUCUUUUAAAUUAAUGUAAAAGAAAUAAAUAAAAUUACUAAUAAAAAAACCAAAAAAAAAAACAAUCGAUAACAACUUUAACAAUUUCACAGUAAUGAGAAUAACGGAAAUGACAAAGAAAAAAUAUAUGUUUUACCUUAAUGAGAAUUUGGGAGAAAAUUUGCUUAAGUGUUAUGCAAAUAGAUUAACAAUGCAAAGCAUCACAUCGGCUCUAAAACAAUAUUUUGCAUAAAAUAAAGUACAUUUUAAGACUAUUAUUAUUGUUUUCCAUUGUUACAUAAAAAAAAAUCAUUACUCAUUUACCAAAAAAUAAAUAAAUUAAAAAAAAACAGUUACAACUUUAUUACAGUAAUGAGAAUCACCAUUGAGAAUAAUUAAAAUGAUUAAAAAAAAAAUAACAAAAAAUGAAAGUAAAAUGUUCUUAUAGAUUACGGUAAUGAGAAUUCUGGGAAAAUAUACUUAAUUGGCAUGAAAAUUAUCUAUCAAUGCCAAAAAUGUUUUUGGCCCUAAAAGUAGGCUUAAUUUUCUAAAAGUAAAUUUUAAUUUUGAUUUUGGGGUGAAAUAUGAUCAGGACAUGUUCUUGACAGGUUUCUUGACAUUCGCCCUUCAGCUCAUUUAUAUGUUUCUCGUCCCCAGAGAUUGUCCAAUCGCCAUUGUGAUGUAUUAUAAUCCACGUAGAGUUCAUAUAAAAAUGAAACAUAGCCCUUAAAUUAUAAAACUACAUGGUGUGGUCUGUUUAUAUGUGUGGUAUUGUGCACGUAGUACAUUAAAGUUUCUAUAACGUUAGGCCGACCAUAUCUGGCACAAUAAAAAACAUUUUGCAAUCACAGAUUUACUGUAGACUAAAAUUGUCGAUCUGUAUUCACUUAUAGCUCAUCGAUGUGUCCUCAAAAUAUAUAUAGAAAAAACCCCACCUCGUUUUCCCAACGCAAGCCACGUUUAGCAUCACCCUUGCAUGAGACUGUACGACAUCUCUAUUUAGAUAACCGUAUCUGUAUAAUCUUAUUUAUUUGUUAUUUUAUGCGUCCCUCAGUUUGGGGGUCGCAGUGGGCCAGCAAGUGCAAUAUUUUGAAACCCAAUCUCUUGUACAGUUGUGUUGAAUGAUUGAUUUGAUUGAAUCUUUUGUGUAUGUGUAGAGGAAGUGUCAACGAGCAUCUAGAUGUGCCAUACUGAUUUUGCACACUAUUGUAGUUAACCAAUAUGUGAAUGAGCGGACUGCCUCUAAACUGAAACUGGAAUAUGUUGAAUAUGUGUUGACAUAAAGGCAAAAUAGUGUGGCGUCAUAAAGGUGUGUGUGAGUUUGUAUGGUAGUGUAUAUACUAAGUAUGGAGAAAAAUAAAUGUUUAUCUUGUCGGCAAGAAAUUUCUGUAGUUUUUAUUUGUGUGUGUGUGUGUGUGUGUGUUUGUGUAAAUUGCAAUUAAAUUCUAGCAUGUAUAGGGCUAUUUAUCUGAAAUCACUCUCCUGUAGUCGUAUCUCAGGCAGGGAUGUCUGUAGUUUGGAGUAUUCAGUAGUUUUAUAAUAGCUGUCAUUUCAGGUGUACAGCAUGCAUACAACAGCUUUAUGUAAUUUUAUUUUUAAUAUGAGCUUAAAAAGGGUGUGAAAAUGUGUUUACGUUACAAUAAAUAAAUACUGUGGCGGUAACAUGGUGCAGCGAUGGUAUCAGAUGUUAAUACCAGAUGAGUACCACUGUACUUUUUUCAAAGAAUAUGUCCCAAAAAACAUUGUGGUUCCAUGGUACUUUUUUUGUUAGUGGAGUAAACCUGUUUGUUUGCAUAUUUUCAUGGUCAUCAAGGCAUUUAAAAUUUCAUUUAUUGUCUGAAUUUUAUCAUUAGCAUAGCAGAAUUGCAUUCUCUUUAGAGCAACUGUACAAUUUACAACUCUGUUUGCACAGGAAAAUAAAGUUGAGAAUAUAUUUUAAUUUAUUUUUCUUUAAUCAUUUGAGGCAGCCCUCAAAAUACAGUGAUUUAUUUUGAAUCUCAGUUCAUGAUAAAAGUGUUAUUGUACCCUCCUUUUGGGUUCUGUGAAAAUUUGUUGGACCUAACUUGUGAUCUGAUCUGAUAUUUAUUUUAUGAAGUUUUGGUUGAAGGAAUCAGUUUGUUUUUCUGUAUGUGUGAAAAGUGUAUGAAAAAAGUGUAUCAUUUACUGUUGCAAAUACUAAUAAAUAUUCCUAUUGUG